AUGGCGCCACUCGUCAUCCACGUGUCCGGCGAGUCGAUCAUCAGUCGGCAACCCGAGCGCGCCGUGCUGCACCUCGCCGUGAAAUCUGACGGCCCGGAGCAGGAAACAGUAUCCAAGGAUGUGACCACCACAUCUAACGAUCUCCACCAUCUCUUCAAGGGUCUAUCUCCCAAGAACGACAACGGCUAUUCCAAUGUUGACGCACCCGUCACAACCUUUUCAUCCACCCUUCUCCGCACAUGGUCUUUUGUUCCAACAGACGACAAGAACAAGCCGUUAGACCGAGUGCAUCACGCGACAUCCUCUUUUGAGGUCAUCUUCCGUGACUUUAGCAAACUAAGCGAAAUCGCUGGAAAGCUAGUAGCGCACCCCAAAGUUGAAAUCGAUUCAAUCGAGUGGCGUCUGACCGAUGCCACCAAGAAAGCUCUUGGCAGUGAAUCGCGAAAGCUGGCCAUUCGGGAUGCCGUCCACAAGGCAAAUGAUUACGCUGAAGUUGUCGGGCAGGAGGUCGUCGCAGUCGAGAUCACCGAUGGAGGAUCUACAUCGCAUGUCCGAGCCAGGUACAUGGCCGCUGCCGCUCCUGCGCCCGGGAGAGGGCGCAGUCUUUUUUGGCGCAGCGACCCAGAUGGUCGAUGA